ACGUUGAUUUCUAGUCUAUCUAUGCUGCAGUCAGCACACGUCCGAUCCGAUGAUGGCUGGAUUCCGUUUGUCUCCGCCUCCCGACUCCGAGUCCGCUCCUGCCGAUUCCAGUUGAGGGUCAACAUUGUAGACUAAAAUCUGACCUGCAGCGAAGUUCUACGCUGUCAGAAAAUGAGGAGAAGGCCCUCGCCUUCGGGCUGCCACGCGUGAUCCAUGACAAUUGUCAGAUCCCAUGUUCUUACGAGCCUUUGUUGCGAUCUUUCGUUCUUGAGUGAAGGACAUUCUGUGCUCACUUCACACAAAAAGCCCAUAUCUAUCGCUGUUGCCUGUCCAGAAUACUGGACCCAGAAUCCCUCCGAACCAUGAAUAACUUGCAACAAACAUCGAAUACAAACACGUUUGCUCGCUCGAGCCGCUUAUCAGGAUUACGCUGUAGCUGCACCAUCUUCGCCAUCAUUGCUCGUCCACCAGCGAGCAAGACAUACGUGUCAGGCUGUCCGCUUGAUCAGUUCGUUCCUUCAACCUGCGCGAAAGAUGACCGGUUCUCGAUUCCUUCGUUCUUGGUGGUGGCACAGCGCUGCCUCUUCGCUUUUGGUGACCCAGACAAAGCGAUCUCGUACUCUUCACCCACAUUGGUGGAUCUUGGUUGCGAUUUCAACAUUGCACAACUCUCUUCAUGCCCAACGAGACCCAAAUCUUACAUUUCCAGAGCUCAUCUCGAUCAGAUAGCAAACCAAUGCCUCCAGAUCACUCGGGGAGCGUAUUGCGACCCUGACUAUACGGAUACACUGUCAAAUGCGAGGAGCAGGAAUCAGUGGCGGUGAAUUCGUGGACACAGCUGACAGUGUCAAACAAUCGAACGGAUCGUCGUGGCUAUGCUGAGCUCGAGGGUCCCAGUCUAUGUACUUA